ACAAAACGAGGCGACCGAAUGAACUUCUUGUAAGAAAGCUCUUUUCUUUGGACUGUCCUCGCUUCGCCUUCUCUGUGGACAACGGUGGAUUCCAUGGGAUUCUUCCGCAGGAUCGGCACAAUCCUAGGGUUUGUGAAGGACGAGGCCCACGCCGUUGGGGAAGAGGACGGGGACAAGCUCAAUGACAGCGCGCAGCGACGGCCGGGGCGAGGAUUUAGCGUGCAGGUACCUGUUGCUGCUGAGAAGCCCAGCCUCGGUCCCGUCAUCAUCCCAUGUAGCGUUGGGGAAGGAGGAGUCCAGGGUUUCAGGUGGUACAGUCGACGGCUGAGAGUAGACGAAGAUGGAGAUGUGGCCGAUGAAUUCCUUGAUGAGAUUCAGCCACCUACAACCUCUGGUGAUGAAAUCCAAGCCUCAAAACCUAGAUUUGAGGUUAAGUACACAACCAGGCCGGCGCCAUUGAGGAAACAUGCAAUCUCCAUUGCUGGCAAUGUUCAUCCUUGCAUGGAACACCAGGGAAUGUUGAGGUGGGUGUGAAAGAGAGAACUUCCCACCUUUGCUUUCACAAAUGGUCUCUGUCAAUAUACAGACGAUGAUACACUCUGAAGACUAGAACUAAAAGACCCACAGAGCUUACGAAUGGCAGAAAGGUGUCUGUAGCUGUGAUUUCUGAUCUAAUUCCAUGGGUGCAGUAGAGAUGAUGUUUUGAAUGGUACAGAUAAAUAUUGCCAGUAAACUCUUGUACACAACUUGUAUUGGUAGAAAACAGGUUAAAUACAAAAUUUGAGACUGGAGAUUGCAGGAAAGAAAUGGCAGAAGUAGAUGUUCUUUGUUGGCAUGAAAUAAUUAUUUGAUUUAGUGAUUUAGUUUGCUAUCCUAUGUUGGGAUUUGUACUGCUCUUUUUUAUAAAGUAAAAUUUAUAUGAAAAA